GGUUACUAAAACAACACCCGACCAUAACAGCUCGAGAACGUUAAGCAGCCUUCGACAGCUUAUAAAAAGAUAACAAACCCGUGCCAAAACCAAUAAUUGCAAAUCAAAUUAAAACCUCUGCUCAAUUGUAAAGCAAUUAAAUCAAAAACGUGAAAUGCAUUCCUCACUUAUCGUGGCCUCACUCUUGAUCUGCUUCUUAGGUUGCAGCUCAGCAGCCAAUAUGCCUGACUACAUCCAGGUGUGCCAUCGCAACGAUCCCGAACUUUCAAAGUGCCUGAAGAGCAGUGUCCAUAACUUACGACCCUAUUUGGCCAAAGGCAUCAAGGAACUGAAUGUACCACCACUAGAGCCCCUCUACAUUGGAGAUCUUGCAAUUUUAGACGGCUCCGCUGGGCUCACGGUUAAGGCCAAAAAACUAAACGUCCUGGGGGCCUCGAACUUCGAAAUCACUAAGCUGCGGGCAUCCACCCAAAACCGUCGCUUCGAUUUUGAGUUGAUUCUGCCACAUCUCCAUGGUGACGGUUUGUAUGAGAUCAACGGGAACAUCCUGGCACUGCCCAUCAAGGGCAAUGGACCGUUCACAGGAAACUUUACCAACUUUGUGGCCUAUGUGCGGGUCCAAUAUGAUAUCAAGAGCGUUAAUGAUCUGGACUAUCUGCACGUUAAGGAAUUCGCUUUGAAGAUUCGCACUGGCAAGGGAAAUCUCAAGCUGGAAAACCUCUUCAAUGGAGACAAAGUCUUGGGAGACGUCAUUAAUGAAUCGAUCAACCAAAACUUCGAGGUCUUCACCAACGAUUUGAUAGUACCGAUUGCCCGCGCUCUGGAGGCUAAAUUCCUGGUCAUCACAACCAAAAUUCUGGAAAACUUUACCUACAACGAGCUCUUCCCAGUCUAAUAAGGCACUGAAAUUAGGCUAGAAUUAAGUUUGUGAUACACUCGAAUUGUUUUAAUUAGUCCUAAAGUAUUCAAUAAACCUAACAAAUUUGAACAUA